UACUUUUGGGGAGAGAGAACAAUUCCUUGGUCACUGUACCGCCAGACAACCUCAGCUUUGUGGUGGCUGCUUCAAGUUGACACGCAUUUCCAUUCCGAUAGCACAGUCGGUGUUACAGCAAAUCCUGAGCAACAAGAUAUACUGAGCGAGCAACAGCCUGAGGAAGAUGAAUCCAAAGGUGUUCAUUAACUAUAUGCUUACUAUGAUGACUUUUGUGCGAGUCACAUCCUCAGGUAUCUGCUUGGAAGAUGAGAUAGGGCUUCAUGCUUGGAACCCUGGUCAUAGUGAAACCCAUCGAGUUCAUAUUGGGCACGGAAGGCAAUUUCUGCUUACUUCUUCAGCUACAGUGGAGUCAAUAGAAAUAUCCGAUGGAGGAAAACUUGUGAUUGCUGACAAAACACAACCAAUCAUUUUAAGGACUAGAAAUAUCCUGAUUGAAAAUGGAGGCGAAUUACAUAUUGGAAGUGAAGCUUGCCCAUUCCAGGGUAACUUGACCAUCAUCUUAUAUGGAAGGUCUGAUGAUGGGUACCAACCUCACAGCUACUUUGGGCAUAAGUUUAUAGGAGUUGGUAGGGGUGGUUCUCUUGAAAUUCAUGGUCAGGAGAAGCUAUCAUGGACAUUUCUCAACAAGACACUCCAUCCUGGUGGAAUGACGGAAGGUGGCUAUUAUUUCGAAAAGAAUUGGAAUCAUCGCGGCAUCAUUGCCCACAUUAUUGACCCUCAGAGUGGAGACGUAGUGCAUUCGGACAGGUUUGAUACCUACAAAAGUAAAGAAGAAAGUGAGCGCUUGUCUCAUUAUGUAACUGAGGUAGAAGAUGGGAUGAUCCUGACCCUGGCAGUGAAUGAUGAAGGGACCAGAAAUCUUAGAGCAACUGCCAGGAAGGCUCUAACUGAGCUGGGAAGCAAGCAUGCUAUGCAUCUUGGUUACAGGCAUCCUUGGAGUUUUAUUGUGGUUAAAGGAGACCCAAGUUCUGCUGUAGAAGACCAUGUCAUCUAUCAAGAUGGAAGAAAUGCUGUAGCCAAGGUAUUCAAAGUUUUCCAAGCUGACAUUGGGGAACCUUUUACUGUUUCUUCAACAAGUGAAUGGUUCCAAGAUGCAGCUUGGACAGAGUGGUUUAGCAGAGAUGAUGAGAGAGGAUCUGGUGACUGGGAAAAACUGUCAGAUCUUAGAGCAUCUAAUCCUGGCAAAAUCUGUUGGAAUCCCAUAGAAAUAGAGGCAGCAACCCAUGAAGGAGUGUUAGCUAAUUCAACAGGUGAAAUAUUCUACAAAUAUGACAGGCAUUAUGGAUUUGUGUGUCGGAAUCAGGACCAGUCAAAUGGAAUUUGUCACAACUACAAAGUCCGUUUCCUCUGCAUUAAGGAUGAGAGACCUAAAGUUACAAUCGCUAUUGACACCAAUGUGAACAGCACCAUUCUGGAACUGGCAGAUGAUGUCAGAACGUGGCGGGCUGGAGACACUAUUGUUGUUGCCAGUACCGAUUAUUCUAUGUACCAGGCUGAAGAAUUCCAGUUACUGCCAUGCCGAGCAUGCUUAGAAAACCAGAUCAGAGUAGCAGGAAAAGCUAAAUAUCUCCAUGUAGGUGAAGAUGUGGAUGGAGUCGACAUGCGGGCUGAAGUGGCAGUGCUGACUAGGAACAUUCUUAUUAUGGGAGAAAUGGAGGACCACUGUUACAGCAACAAUGAGUGUGAAUUUUUUGACUUUGACACCUUUGGUGGACAUGUCAAGGUUGGGAUUGGAUUCAAGGCUGUUCACAUUGAAGAUGUAGAGCUGAAACAUAUGGGUCAGCAGACGAUGGGCCACUAUCCAAUUCACUUUCAUAUGGCUGGGGAUGUGGAUGAGAAAGGGGGUUACAGUAAUCCCCCAACAUAUGUAAAGCAGGUCUCAGUUCACCAUUCGUUUUCACGUUGCCUGACAAUUCAUGGAUCUAAUGGCUUGCUGGUUAAAGAUGUGGUUGGCUAUGAUACGCUUGGACACUGUUUUUUUACUGAAGAUGGACCUGAAGAACGCAACACCUUUGACCAUUGUUUGGGUUUGCUUAUUAAGGCUGGCACCCUGUUGCCUUCUGACCGUGACAGUAAAAUGUGCAAACUGAUUACAGAAGGAGCGUACCCUGGUUAUAUCCCCCGACCUAGGCAAGACUGUAGUGCUGUGUCUACCUUUUGGAUGGCCAAUCCUAAUAACAAUAUUAUCAACUCUGUAGCUGCUGGGUCUGAAGAGGCGGGCUUUUGGUUUGUUUUUCACCAUGUGCCAACAGGGCCUUCUGAAGGAAUGUAUUCGCCUGGUUAUUCAGAACACACGCCACUGGGUAGAUUCUACAACAAUCGAGCACAUUCCAAUUACCGGGCUGGCAUGAUCAUUGACAAUGGAGUGAAAACUACACUGGCCAGUGCAAAGGACAAGAGACCAUUCCUGUCAGUUAUUGGUGCAAGGUAUGGUCCUCAUAAAGAUGCUGAUCCAUACAAACCACGGGAACCUGCUCUCAUUCAACACUUUAUUGCCUACAAGAACCAAGAACAUGGUGCCUGGCUGCGCGGUGGAGAUGUGUGGCUGGACAAUUGUCAGUUUUCUGACAAUGGAAUUGGACUAACAUUAGCAAGUGGCGGAACAUUUCCAGAUGAUGAUGGCUCAAAACAAGAAGUAAAAAAUUCUCUGUUUGUUGGGGAAAGUGAGAACAGAGGAACAGAAUCUAUAGACAAUGAAGUUUGGGGGCCUGGAGGUACAGAUCACAGUGGAAGAACUCUCCCUCGGGGCAUAAAUUUUCCAAUUCGAGGAGUGCAGAUCUAUGAUGGUCCAAUUAAUGUCAAGAAUUGCACAUUCCGUAAAUACGUUGCACUUGAUGGCCGACACACUAGUGCUAUUGGUUUCCGUCUUAACAAUUCCUGGCAAAGCUGUCCCAAGAACAACAUGACUGAAAUAACCUUUGACAACGUACCAAUUACAUCUCGUGUUUUCUUUGGUGAGCCUGGACCUUGGUUUAAUUAUAUGGCUAUGGAUGGAGAUAAAACAACAGUCUUUCAUGAUCUUGAUGGUUCUGUUAGUGAAUAUCCUGGAGCAUUUAUCGUAAAAGAUGACAAUUGGUUGCUUCGUAAUCCAGGUUGCAUUGACGUUCCUGAUUGGAGGGCAGCAAUUUGCAAUGCUCACUAUGCACAGCUGUACAUCCAAGCUCGAAACCCUGCUGAUCUGGUGAUGAAAAUAAUAAAAAAUGAAUAUCCCAAUCAUCCCCAGUAUUUGGAAGGAGCUUUGGGUAAGAAGAACCAUUACCAGCAGUACCAGCCAGUUAUCACAUUACAGAAGGGAUAUACAAUUCACUGGGACAGAACACCCCCUGAGGAGCUGACCAUAUGGCUUAUUAAUUUUGACAAACAUGACUGGAUUCAAGUUGGAUUGUGCUAUCCGAAAGGGACAACUUUUUCCAUACUGUCAGAUAUUCACAAUCGACUGAUAAAACAAACACAUAAGACAGGCAUCUUUCUGAGAACUCUCCAAGAAGACAAACUGGAGAGCUCCCAUCCUGGAAGAGGUUACUACUUUUGGGAUGAAGACACUGGGUUACUGUUCUUGAAACUGAAAGCCCAGAAUGAAAGAGAAAAGUAUGCAUUCUGUUCAGUUAAAGGGUGUGAGAGAAUAAAGAUCAAAGCUAUGAUCCCACCAGGCGCUGGAGUCGGUGAUUGUACAGACCAGGCCUAUCCAAAGUACGCUGAAGUGCCAGCAGUAGAAGUUCCUAUGCCAGCAAAGCUCUCAAGUGGAGAACUGAGCACCAAUGAACACUUCAUAGAAAUCAGACUGAAAUCUUAUAAGACACGAUUUUUUCAUAUAAAAGAUGAAAUUGCUUAUACUGAGAUUAAUAGGAAGACAUUCUACCAAUCAGAAGAUGGAAUCCAAAUGACUGUGGUUGAUGGAUACACUGGGGAUGUGACUGACAACAUAGAAUUCAGAAACUCUAUUCUGCAAGGCAUACCUGCACAAGUAGAAAACUAUGUAGCAAACAUUAAAAACAGCUCCAUAGUUUUGAUCACGUCAAAAGGAAAAAUCAUCACAAAGGGACAGUGGACAAGAAUUCUAGAAACACUAGGCGCAGAUAAUGGAGUCAAAUUAAAAGAUCAAUUGACCUUUGUUGGAUUUAAAGGAAGCUUUAAACCUAUUUGGGUGAAGCUAUUUACAGACGAGGAAGCUGCUAAGAUUCAUCUAGUGCUGCCAGUCCCAGUGACAAAGAUGAUGAAAUUGUGAAGAAGACCUGUACUUUCUAGAAUGUACUAUUGGAAAUGCCCAGACUGGAUAAAACCAGUGAAAAACACACUACUGAAUUUGCUUGAAAAGGGCAGAGUGCCACUAAUGCCUAUUGGACUGUGUAGAAACACUGUAGUAUCUGUGUUGUACAUGAAUGGUAACUGUUUUGUAAGUGUACUGAUAGUGAUCUUUGUAAAAAUUAUACUUGACAAAACAUUCCUUAUGAGAAACAUGAGUGAUGAUAGACAAUUUCACAUUCCAAUGCAUUUAUUUUCAACAAAUUAUGGUUCUUCCUAUCAGUGUUCUGGAGCAGUACUUGAGUUUUUAAAUUUCUAGUACAGUAAUAUCUCUUGAAAUGUUAAUUUAAUAACAUGUUUGACUGAGAAAAAUAGAACAGAAGUUGUUACACUCCAACUUCAUUGGUUUACUGCUUGCCACAUUAGUGACUGAUGUACCUGUACAAAACUGCUACAUGCUAUUGUUUUAGGUAGUCUGAGUUACUGCUCCCAAUAAUAUUUGUGGAAUUCAGACAUUUUAAAAUGCAGAUUAUAAUUUAUCUGUAGUACUCUUCGAUGGAUUCACCCUUAACCUAGAACAGUUAGCUUUUUUAAUUUUUAUUUGUAUCAGACAGGUGAGCAAGUCCUGGAAAAAGCAUAGCAGGGUUAUGAAUUAUGCACAUCAUAAAUCUCAAAACUGUCAUACAUUUUGUACUAAUGUCUAAAACCUCUGCAGUUUGUGUUCUACAGCUGCCUUCUCACCUUCUUCCCAUUUAAAUGAAUGCAGAUACGUUAAUAUUACUGUAGUAUAUUGGCAUUCUUUGUAAUACGUGCUGAGAAGAAAUGGUAAAGAUUUGAGGAACAAAUGAGAAAUGUGUUCUUUUACCGAAAUAGCUGGUCUUUUUUCGGAGAAAUAUGUUUUUGUUUUGUAUGUAAAAUGUGUUUGUAGUCGACACAAGAUGAAGAAAAGAUAUAUUUUCUAUUUAUUUAUUAUAAAGCACUAUAGAUUAAAGUUGUAAGGGACAGAGAGUUGUAAUGAAUUUUUGUAUUGUCCCAACUGUACAGAGAAUUUGCAAGAAAUUUAGCUAUUUUCACUUAACUACCACUAACACAUAAAAUAUAUCUCUUUACACAAUGUUGUCAGAUACUGAUAUUGUACUUUUACUGUUGGAUUACAUUUCAAAGUUGCAAAAUGAUCCACAGUCAAGGUACUGUAAUAUUUUUUUUAUUAUAAAUAAUGACUGACUGUUAAUUUUUUGGCUUAGUUUCAGACAUGUACGCAUAUGUAUGUAUGUAUGCAUGUAUACACUUACAUAUGCUUACAUGGUUUCAUGUGUCUGCCAGUAGACACAAAUCCACACAUGCAUAAUCUUGAACAUGUGAAGGCGUAAAGAUAAAUGUAUUGUAACUGUUCUGUGUUUACAUAGAAACAUUCCAUUUCUAAACCAUGCUUGAUGUUACAGUAUUACCCCCCAUUUUUCUAGUUAUUCAGACAUAUCAUAUUUUUUGCCAAAUGUUGAUAAAAUGACUAAAAUUUGCCACUAAAACAUUACUAAUUAAAAUGUAUAAAAUCUGUGCUUUAAUAUACACAGACCUUUUUUGAUUCUGAAAGUUAUGUGUGACUGUACUUCGGUCCAGUAGCAUCUACAUGCAUUUCUUUUGAGGAAUGGUAUACAAAAACUUCAUAAUACUCAAGAAAUGUAAUAUUUAAAAUGAGCUGUAUGUCUCAGAGGAUUAUAACGCUACUAUCCAGCAGACUGGAAUUGGUUGAGCAUUGGGAAUUCUGAACUGUGUGUGCAUGACCUUGUUUCCUACCUGCUGGGUCUUAUUUCAGUAUUAGAUUAAAAGACAGGUUUUAUAAUAGGAUUUUUGAGAUGUUUUUCAAUUGAUACUUUGGUUUUCAACUGACACCCUUAAAGACAGAGAUGCAUAACUGUCAUUUAACUGCUUCCUAUGUGACAAAAUCCUGCAAUAGUCGAUAUCAUAAAACAGUACAUCACAAUUCUUUGCAGGCAUUAGCUGAUGCACUAAUUGAGAUGGUACUUCAAAGUUUUUUAACUAGCCUUUUGUUUUGUAUUAUAUUUGUUUUCUUAGUUGUAUAUAAAAUGGAUGUUACUAUCCAUUGUUUGAUAAAAGCAGCUGUAUUCAAAACAGUGCCACUCUGAUGAUAUAUUUCUGAACAAGUUUGACUGGAUUUUUGUCAUGAAACCACUGAGUCUUCAGCUUAAAAAAUGUUUAUCUUAAAUGUUGAAGUUUUCUAUUAAAGUUGAAAGCAUGUUAUUAGAUAUUGCUGUUGUGGUUGGUAAUUUGAUAAAUAUUACUAUAUUGCUUGUUAUGUACACUUAUGAGGCAAACAUUCCAUGUACUGUGAAAGUUACCUUGCAUCACUGUUCUCAUUUAAGCUAAGAUGAGGAGAAAAACAUUUUUUUAAAGAAAUAGAAUUGAAAUAUUUUGCAAAUAUGUGUGACAUUCUACAUUCAGCUACAUUUCUUUAUAUAAAUAAAUACAGAUGGAUUAGCUAUAGUUUUCAGCAGUACUGAAAUCAGAAAUGUCAGUGCAUAGCAACAUAAUGUAAAGAGUUCUUGUAAAACACAGUGUUUUGUAAUUUAUUGUACAGCUAUUAACAAAGCCUUUAUUGUUAAGGACUUUUGCUUGCAGACAUCUGAUUUUGCGGUAAAUGGUUGUUCACAUUGCACAAUACAUUAUCAAUAAACAUUCAAUGCACUCUCA